AGCAAAAAUGGAGAAGUUUAUUACAAGGGGGAGAGGGAGGCGAGAAAAGCUUUCCGUCCUAGUCCUCCUCCGUUGGCCGUCCCGUCGGCGUUUUUGCAAUUUGCAUUGCUAUCAAUUCUGCGUUUCCGGGGAGCAGAUACGGUUUUGAUUUGAGCUCAAAGUGGACAAAAUCCUAAAACCCAAAAAGAAAAAGUUUUCUGGUUUGAGAAAAGGAGAUGUGGGGGGAUGGCGGCAGGCUUUACUGGGGAAGAAAGGAGGGUGGGAAGGUCGAAGGGAUCGUCGUAGUAUUCGCUUGGAUUUCAAGUCAGGAGAAACACGUCAGGUCCUACGUUCAGCUUUACUCUUCCCUCGGAUGGAAUUCCCUCGUUUGUCAUUCCGAAUUUUUCAACCUUUUCUUCCCUGAGAGAGCAACAUCAUUGGCAUUUCUCAUUCUCAAUGAGCUGGCCAAGGAGCUAAAGGUUAGGCCAUCCCCUGUUGUCUUUGCAGCUUUUUCUGGGGGCCCAAAGGCUUGCAUGUAUAAGGUUCUUCAGAUAAUUGAUGGGAAGUGUGAAGGACUGCCCAAUCUGGAUGAGUACCACCUUGUCAGAGACUGUCUUUCUGGUCAUAUUUAUGAUUCUAGUCCUGUAGACUUUACCAGUGAUUUGGGUGCUCGAUUUGUUGUUCAUCCUACAGUUCUUAAAAUGCCUAGUCCACCUAGAUUUGUAUCAUGGAUAGCAAAUGGCAUUGCUUCUGGUCUAGAUGCCCUGUUCCUAAAUAGGUUUGAAUCACAACGUGCUGAGUAUUGGCAAACUCUCUACUCCUCAGUUAGCAUUGGGGGUCCAUUUCUAAUUUUUUGUUCAGAAGAUGAUGAGCUUGCUCCCUUUCAAACCAUCUGCAAUUUUGCUCAGCGUCUACAAGACCUUGGGGCUGAUGUGAAACUAGUGAAAUGGAAUGGCUCACCUCAUGUAGGUCAUUACAGACAUUAUCCAACUGAUUAUAAGGCUGCUGUGACCGAGUUGCUUGGGAAAGCUGCUUUAGUUUAUUCUCGGAGAAUCCAACAACUUGAAGGAGAGAGAAUGGGAGUUGAAGGGUUGCAUGAUGGGAUAUCCAAGUCAAUCUGCACCCCUCGGAAAGCAGCAGCUAGCUCAAGCCAGAGCUUAAGCAGAGUUGCUAUUGGGCCGAGCGACCACUCUUUCUUUCCGAGCUCAGUGGAGUAUCAAGAGGGUAGAGACGUAGGGUCAUUACAAGAUGAACAGAAGGAAGGAUUGAUCCAUGUGCAGAACCCUCCAAGCAUCAAUGCUUAUGGUGUUCUGGGUCAAAUCCUCUUUGAUGUGUGUGUGCCCAAGAACAUUGAAGGUUGGGACAUAAGGUCUGGUUCUUUGAAUGGACAGCCACCUUCCGCAGGCAGGCAUGUAGCUUUUAAUCCCAUCAAAUGCAUACGGCGCUCAAGACUUUAGAAUAAACAUCUUGAUAUUGCCUAUGAAUUUGCAGAAUGAAAAUAUGGAUCUCAUUCAGAAUGAAGAUGUCCAUGCUACUUGAAAGUGAAUCUAAUCCUUGUAUCCCCAUUUGAUUAGAAAUGCAUAAUUGAAAACUAAAGAUGGAGAUACAAGGAACCACAACUUUUGAGGUGUAAGGCUUGUGCUCCUGAUCUUUCUAAAGGCCUGAAAUGUACAGGCAACCUAGAGUUUAGUGGAGAGGGAGGGUUCAGCGUUCAGGCCUGAAGUCUAAAGUGAUGUUAGAAGUUAGAACACAUGAUCUAACCUAAACAUAAAUUACGGUAUUCUAUCUC